AUGCAUCUCCGACAUGUAUCCGCAAUCACCUUGCUCGUAUUCAGAUCGGGACUGAGUCAUGCACAGCUAGACGAUGGCAUCAUUCUCCGUCGCCAUGCAGAAAUUGAGGCCUGGUUCGCGGACUCGCCCAUCCAAGGCGUCCGGAAGAUGAGCGAGGACGAAGGAGAGAAGUUCUUCUUCGAAUACUGGCAAUUCGAACAAGCUUUGGGAAGUGCUUCUGGGAAUGAUUCCACCAAUGCAGAAGUUGAAAGUCGGUCUUUGGAUCAUCAUGGGGAAAAAGAGGCUGGCUCUCCACCAGCUCAGGCCCAGGCCCAGGUCCUCGCUCGCUCGCAUCCCCUCACACCUUCUUUCUCUGGUCUCGCGGACCCUGGGUUUGCCCUGCGUAGCCUCUUCGGACGGGAUUUCAAGUGUCCGACUGGCACGAAUGCGUGUUUGAGUAUCAAUCGGUCUGAUCGCUGCUGCGGGACUGGCGAUACGUGUGAAGUUAUUCGGGAUACGGGCUAUGGGACUGUGGGGUGUUGUCCGAAGGGGCAGAGCUGUUCUGAGAGAAUCGGGUCUUGCCAGAGUGGGUAUACGGCUUGUUCGAAGGCCCUAGGUGGGGGAUGCUGUAUCCCGGGGUUUGCUUGUGUGGAGGGUGGAUUGACAGAGGAUAAUACAGUGACGACUUCUACAAUUACUUAUUCGACUCAGCCGCAGGAUACACACUCUGCAUCGACCGGGACUACAACCACCACGUCCAAUACGUCUAGGGCAUCCACGACAUCGACAGCAUCGACAGCUGAGUCAACCUCCACUGCGACGGAGACGGGGACGGAUAGUUUAGGUGCGCCGGGACGCCCGAUCAUGUCAACGACAACGACUGGUACCCAUACAGCAACCGGUCGGACAGACUUGUGUCCCACGGGGUUCUAUGCCUGCUCUGCUGUUUACCAAGGUGGCUGCUGCCAAACAGGAAGGAAUUGUGAUACGACUUCGUGCCCGACCACUCAAUCCACCACUUUCACAUCCAACGGCAAGACCAUUGUGGCUCCAGUGGCUACAGGUAACUCGGCCUCCCGCUCAGGGAAAUGCGCACAAGGGUGGUUCCGUUGCUCAGAUACGGCGGGUGGGGGAUGUUGUCCGCAAGAAUAUGUAUGUGGUGCAAGUUGUACGGCGACAGGGUCGGCAGCGACGACUGUAGCAAAGGAGCAACCCACGGGGGAAGCUCAGAAAGUGCGAGUUAGCAAGGUGAUGGCAAUAGUGUGGAUGGUGGUAUGUUCUAUGUUCAUUCCGCCGUUGUUGAGAAUUGGAGAUUUUCUAUUCUCGCCGCCCUCUACCUCUAUCCUUGUUCUAUCCUGCUCCUAUCUUGCCCCCUCGCUGAACUCCCUCGCCAGGUCCAUCGCCAUCAUGUCCGACACACCACAGAAGCCCCUCCCCUUCAUCUACCAGUUCGCCGCCGGUGCGGUGGCUGGUGUCUCUGAGGUACCCAUUGGACGUCGUCAAGACUCGAGUAGCGGUACUCCCGUUCCCGGCGCCGAGCACUACAAUGGCAUGUUUGACUGCUUCCGCAAGAUCAUCAAGCAGGAGGGUUUCUCUCGCCUGUACCGCGGUAUCUCUGCCCCCAUCUUGAUGGAGGCUCCCAAGCGUGCGACCAAGUUCGCCGCUAACGACAGCUGGGGUACCUUCUACCGCGGCGCCUUUGGCGUGACCCAGCAGACCCAGUCCCUGGCCAUCCUGACUGGUGCCACCGCCGGUGCCACCGAGGCCUUCGUUGUUGUUCCUUUCGAGCUGGUCAAGAUCCGUCUGCAAGACAAGGCCUCUGCGGGCAAGUACAACGGUAUGCUGGAUGUCGUCAAGAAGAUCGUUCAGACAGAGGGCCCUCUGGCCAUGUACAACGGUCUGGAGUCCACCCUGUGGCGUCACAUCCUGUGGAACGCCGGUUACUUCGGCUGUAUCUUCCAGGUCCGCGAGCAAAUGCCCAAGCCCGAGCCCGGUAACAAGAGCCAGCAGACCCGUAACGACCUGAUUGCCGGUUCCAUUGGUGGUAUCGCUGGUACGAUCCUCAACACCCCCAUGGACGUCGUCAAGUCCCGCAUCCAAAACACUACCAAGGUUCCCGGUCAGAUUCCCAAGUACAACUGGGCCUGGCCUGCCAUUGGCACCGUCAUGAAGGAGGAGGGCUUCGGUGCACUGUACAAGGGCUUUAUCCCCAAGGUGCUGCGUCUCGGACCCGGUGGUGGUAUCCUCCUCGUGGUGUUCACUGGUGUGAUGGAUUUCUUCCGGAAGAUGCGCGAGGAGAAGUAA